AAUCUGCUUGAUGAUGUAGAAGAAUUCCAUGAGCGUGCUCAAGAAGCUAUGAUGGAUGAGAUCCCAGACUCUUCCAAGCUGCAGGAGUUGAUAGACAUGGGCUCUGGCCUUUACGUAGAACUUCCCGAACUGCCAAGGCUGAAGCAAGAACUGCAGCAGGCACGGUGGCUGGAUGAGGUGAGGUCCACCCUCUUGGAUCCCCAGAGGGUUACCCUAGACGUGAUGAAGAAGCUGAUUGACUCAGGUGUGGGCUUGGCACCGCACCAUGCUGUAGAGAAAGCCAUGGCUGAGCUGCAGGAGCUGCUUACAGUCUCGGAGAGGUGGGAGGAGAAGGCCAAGGUCUGCCUGCAGGCCAGACCACGCCAGAGUAUGAUGGCUCUGGAGGGCAUCGUGAAUGAAGCAAAGAACAUCCCUGCUUACCUGCCCAAUGUGCUGGCACUGAAAGAAGCCCUGCAGCGGGCUAGAGACUGGACAGCCAAGGUGGAGGCCAUUCAGAACGGGAGCAACUAUGCCUACCUGGAGCAACUGGAGAGCUUGUCUGCCAAAGGCCGCCCAAUACCCGUGCGUCUCGAUGCCCUGCCGCAGCUGGAGUCGCAGGUGGCUGCAGCACGGGCCUGGCGAGAGCGCACAGGCAGGACCUUCCUGAAGAAGAACUCGAGCUACAGUCUGUUACAGGUUCUGAGCCCUCGGACUGAUAUUGGUGUUUAUGGGAGCAGUAAGAAUAGGCGGAAGAGGGCAAAGGAGUUGAUGGAGAAGGAAAAGGAGAAAGAUCUUGACUUGGAAUCCCUAAGUGAACUGGAGGAUGGGCUGGAGGAGGCCAGGGACACUGCAGCUGUGGUGGCUAUAUUCAAGGAGCGGGAACAGAAAGAGAUCGAAGCCAUGCAUGCUCUCAGGGCAGCUAACCUGGCCAAGAUGACUAUGGUGGAUCGGAUCGAAGAAGUCAAAUUCUGUAUCUGCCGCAAAACAGCUAGUGGAUUUAUGCUACAGUGUGAGCUGUGCAAAGACUGGUUUCAUAGUGGCUGCGUGCCUCUUCCCAAAACAGGUUCUCAGAAGAAGGGCUCUAGUUGGCAGGCCAAAGAAGUGAAGUUUCUGUGUCCACUUUGCAUGCGUUCUCGAAGGCCGCGGCUUGAGACCAUACUGUCUCUGCUGGUGUCCCUGCAGAAGCUGCCUGUGCGGCUGCCGGAGGGGGAGGCAUUGCAGUGCUUGACGGAACGAGCCAUGAGUUGGCAAGACCGAGCGCGGCAGGCUUUGGCCACCGACGAGCUGUCCUCUGCUUUGGCUAAGCUUUCUGUGCUCAGCCAACGCAUGGUGGAGCAGGCAGCGCGGGAGAAAACUGAGAAGAUAAUCAGUGCAGAGCUACAGAAAGCAGCAGCUAACCCAGACCUGCAGGGACACUUGACUAAUUUCCAGCAAUCAGCAUUUAACAGAGUGAUAGGGAGUGUGUCCUCAUCCCCGCGGCAGACGUUGGAUUACGACGAUGAAGAGACAGAUUCUGAUGAAGACAUCAGGGAGACUUAUGGCUACGACAUAAAGGACAAUGCCAGUGUAAAAUCUUCCAGCAGCUUGGAGCCCAAUUUGUUUUGUGAUGAGGAAAUCCCCAUUAAAUCAGAAGAGGUAGUGACACACAUGUGGACUGCUCCCUCGUUCUGUGCUGAACACGCGUAUUCGUCUGCUUCUAAAAGCUGCUCUCAAGGUUCUAGCACUCCAAGGAAGCAGCCUCGGAAGAGUCCACUGGUACCUCGCAGUUUGGAGCCCCCUGUGUUGGAGCUGUCACCUGGAGCAAAAGCGCAGCUAGAAGAUCUAAUGAUGGUUGGAGAUCUACUAGAGGUAUCACUGGAUGAGACUCAGCACAUCUGGCGGAUUUUACAGGCUACACACCCACCCUCUGAGGACAGGUUCCUUCAUGUCAUGGAGGAUGACAGUAUGGAUGAGAAACCACUGAAAAUGAGAGGCAGAGACUCUUCUGAGAGGAAGCGGAAACGAAAGCUGGAGAGAGCAGAGCAGUUCUUCGGAGAGAUGAAGCAAAAAUCUAAAGAGCUGAAAAAACUGGAAAAACCCAAGAAGAAGAAGCUAAAACUCACCAUGGAUAAGACCAAGGAGCUGAACAAGCUGGCAAAGAAACUGGCUAAGGAAGAGGAGCGGAAGAAGAAGCGAGAGAAGGCAGUAGUGGCAAAGGUGGAACUAGCGAAGGAAAGCACAGAGAAGAAGAGAGAGAAGAAGGUUCUGGAUAUUCCUUCCAAGUACGACUGGUCAGGAGCGGAGGAGUCAGAUGAUGAGAAUGCUGUGUGUGCUGCGCAGAACUGCCAGAGGCCCUGCAAGGACAAAGUAGACUGGGUGCAGUGUGACGGUGGCUGCGAUGAGUGGUUUCAUCAAGUGUGUGUUGGUGUCUCUCCCGAAAUGGCUGAGAACGAGGAUUACAUCUGUAUAAACUGUGCAAAGAAGCCAAUGCAGGGACCAAGUAGCCCUGCCCAUGCACCGCCGCCUCCUUUCUUGUUGAGCUACAAACUACCAAUGGAAGAUCUUAAGGAGACAAGUUAGCAACUACUCAAUGCCUGGAACUUGUUGGGAAACGGACCACUGAAACCCUACAGAAAGAGAAGGGUUUGAAGCUAAUGUAGCCACUGAGCUUCACUUCCAAGGAUGUACAGACCUGCAGCAGAGUUGGUCCCUUCCUUACAGCUGGCUUCCUUCACACAAUGGAGACGUCAAGGCACAGCGGUACCAACUCAUCUAUGCAGACACCACCUGAGCAGGAGCUCCAGCCGGUGUUUUCUGACUUGAGCAUUUCCAUCUUUGAGUGUGGCUGUUGCUCUUAGAGACUGAGCAAACCCGAGGCUGUUAGAUUAGACACUGCAGGGUGUUAGAAGGAUGCGUUGGCAGCGGAGCUGGCCUGGAGUCGGUGGGCAGAGGCUGGAGCUGUUAGGCCUAUCAGGUUACCCUGAGGAGGUGACUUUGAAAGUUAUCUUUCGCCUCCCCAUGCCAACCCAGUGAGUAGGGCAAUGUCUUGGGAGAGUCAAGUUGCCUCCGUAUCCAGGCAGCUAACACUACACUAUAAGGAUGGGAGCAAGUGGAUGAAUUUUUUUUAAUUUUUCUUUUGUAGCUAUGGGGCAGAGGAGCUCGUGAUCUCAGAAAUCGGCAAAGGUUCUGUUUACCAAAAAAGAAACCCAACUCUACUCUACUAGACAAAAUGUUUGGUUUUUUCCUUAGUGGGAAACAGCUGAUCUUCCUGUCCUGAGGAGGGCCAGAAAACAUUGAUGAAGAUGUCUAGCUAGACCAGAGCUUGGGAAAAGCAGAGUGCUUCCCUUUCCACAGGGGUGCCCUCUCCUGUUCUAGGCUUUGCUUAGAGUUCUGCACUCCUGCACAUUAAAGUUGUCGCACGCAGGAUGGAGCUGGCGAGGAGGUACAGCACCCAGGGCACCAGCUUCUGUGAUCUGUACCCAGGGAUGGGAAGGAAAGAAGACAGCCCACUUACCUCAGAGGUUACACUGACAUACGCUUCUGUGAAAAGUUUCACUCUCAACUAUUUCCAGUAUCACCAGGCUACGGGCAUGGCCUCAAGCGAUACCAGCAAGCAGUCUGCAGAUACUGUUCGCAGCGCAAACCCCCCUCCCUGCUGGCUUUGCUGGAUGUGUACCAGUGUACAAUCAGCAACAGUUCUGGUGUGAAGUUGCCCCUGGCUUUGCCAGAGGACCAGAGGGCUUGGGGUCAUCCUGGGUGACAGUUGUUUUAGUAAAUCCAUUUUUAAAGAAGGACUUGUUUUUACUUUUUUCUAAAUGUCUCAGACUACUGACUUGUUCUAUAAAUAGAUUAUUUUUCUUUGAUUUUUUUAUACUUACCACUGUUAACCAGCAGCACAGACAGAGGUUCACAAAGCAAAAACCUGCCCGUGGGCUUGGGUUUUUUUACUCCAUUCCUUCCUUGUAGUACAAGGAAUUAGCAGUUACCUUCCCCAUUCUAGCCUGACCAGCUGCCUGUGUUUAAAUAGGUAAAUACAUUUCAUGUGCUACCCUUGUGUUUGGGUUUGUUCCUACUAGUGGGGCAUCUGGGCCUUAACGACUCCGGUGGAUGCUGGCUUUGUGUAUGUGAAUGUCUGAAGCCAGCCGCCGGGCUGUCUCGUCCCCCUCUCCACUCGCUCCCUAUUGUGUUUCCAUUCUUCUGCAGUUCUAGGAGUGUGUUGUAAGUAGUGUCCAGUCUUACUAGGAGCUGGAUUGGGAUUUAAAGAAAUAUUGACAUGAAACAAAAGCGUUCUGUCUUGACUGUUCUGUGUCCCUUCUCUUGUUCUCUAAUAUUUGGAAGUUCAUUUAUCUGGCAGAAUUAUCCAUCCA